AUGGAAGUUGACGGGUUGUCGACAGAAGACCAAAACGGGUUGCGCUAUGGUCUUCUGAGUUCAGGCGACGAUAUUGUGAGCUGCGUGAGCUCUCUACGGAAAAUGUGAAAAAUAAAGCUUUAAUUUCAGUAUGACGUGGUGGUUUGCGAGUCCCUGCCGAACACCGAACUCUACUGUGUAUCUUUUCCAAACCGCAAGAAAAACGCCUGGGACGAGAAGAACAACCCUAGGGCGCGAUACAAAAAGAACGUUCGAGUCGUCAGUUUUUUCCUCAAGUUCACAAAAAUUAAUUUCUGCCCUGAGAGAAAAGUUCAUACAUUAUUUUUUUUUGUUUUGUUCAAAUGAAUCUGAUUUAAAAAAACGAAACCAAUUUUCUGUUGCAGCUCGAAAUGCGUUUCUCUCCGGAUACUCAAAGCGCUUCUUACGAUCAGAAAAAAGCCGAAGCCUUGUGUGAAGGAUCCGUCACCGUCAAAUCCCAGUAUUUUUUAUUUUUCGAAAAAAAAACUUGGAAAGUUCAAAUUAUUUCACAUAACUGCGGCUAUUUAUCCUCGGUAUUUUUUCCAGAACUGGCGAGAAAAAGUAUGACGACGUGUUCGAAGGUCGCGCCUUUCCUUAUGAGAAUCCGAUUUGCAACGCCGUCGGCUACCUGAACCAAAGUUUUUUUCCUCCAUAUUCUUUGCUGAUUUCAGUUUGAAGACAAGUUCUAUCUUCACGCCGUCGAAGGCACUUUUGAAAUGCAUCGAUCGAUCAAUUUCCUCAAUAAAAAAGUUGUCGGAUUGAAGGAAGACGGUAAAUUUUCGUUGCAAUAGGAAUAAAACUUCUCCAACUACAAGGAUAAUUUUCUAAUGCAGGUGAUGCAACUGGAGAAUCGGAAGACGAAGCUCCAUCAGACGGAGCGCAGGUUCCGUCGCAGUUUUUGAACUCAGCUUCAUCUUUUUUUUUUAGCUCCGUGUAAAAUUUUCGAGACCUGAGACAGAGCGACAGAAAAAAAGAAGAGAAGUAGAGAAUUAACGUUUAUUUUCCCUUAUCGAGUAGUUUUCAGGCAAGCGCACUUCACCGGGAGAAGAAAAUUGCAAAUGACGUUUGGAUCCCGAUGAAUGUCCAUUUGCAAAAGGUUUUUUCGAAUUGAAAGUCCAAAUAAAAUGUGUCUGGUUGAGAAUACGUGGAAAUUUUGCUGAGACGUCCUUUAGAGCUUCCUGAAUCCAAAUCAAUGAAAACCAUUUUGCAGUUUUUUGCCAAUCAUUCUUUUCCAGGUUGUCCUAAGGUACCUCUUACAAGGGAACAUUUUUGGUCCACGGUUGAACUUUCGAUGAAAUUUGAAAAGUUUGAAGCUUCAUAACUCGUAAAAAAAAAGAUCUAUUGCGAGACUUCUACCUUUUUCUGUAAUCACGAUUCCUUGAAGUACAGCUCAGCCAAGUUCCAACAGUUUUUCAUCUUGAUACCUUCUGGUUGCACCUUGUAAGUUAUUUCGCGUAAUUGAAAGCCAAAAGAAAAGAAUUAUUUUCCUCGCGGAAUUCGCAUCUAAUUCACAAUUUCGCAUGGCAUUAUUCAAAACCGUUUUCAAAAUCUGACUUUAAUGACUGAUUAAUGGGAAGAAAUUUUCAAGUUUAUCUUUUUUUGGAGACUUUCAUGCUAAGAUAUACAAGGAAAAAUAGUUUUGCCUCAUUAUUGGUUUUCGUUACUAACCGAUGUCACAUCUUAACUCCCAUCCAGGACACGAUUGUACAAAAAAAGAUGACGGAAAUAACCUCGACUAAAGAAAUAAAAUCGCCGAAAAAGGGUCAACCCGAAAGCAAAAUUGGCCAAAAAGAAGUUCGAAGUCUGGUCGACUCUGCGAUAAUUUGCAGCCAGAAAGAAGAGAUGUGGGUUGUUCUCAUAAAACCGUACUGUUGGCGAUUCAGAGCGAUAGUCUCUGGGAAAGAGUAUUUAUUGUCGAAGAAAAAGAUCCGGGAAAUGCCUUUAGACUGGCAAGUGAGGGCUCACAUGGUCAAAGGUUCGUUCGAUUAUUUUUUGUUCUAUCUUUAAUUGUCUGUUGCAAUCUUCAUCAGAUGAUUUUUCAAUUUUUUUUUUUCAAAUUUCAGCUUUUCCCUUUUUCAGUAGACUUUUUUUUUCAAUGUAGAGGUUCAGCUCAAGUGAUGCGAACUGAAGAAAUGUUUGCCCUAAUUGACGGGCAGUAUAGCCCGAAUGAAGCUCUUGACUACCUACAGCAGUGCUCAAGGCUUGUUCGAGGUAUUCGCUUUAUUCGGCUUAUAAUCAUCAAAUUUUCCAGGAGUUUGGGUUCUUCAAUCGGAUUUACUGUUCCAAAACCUGCCUCCGGCCCAUUCCAACGUUCCCGGAAAGGUACGUCAUCAUAUGUAACGUAGGGUUUUUUUUCUAUAUUUUUUCUUUUAACUCAAUUUACUUUAAUAAUCUAACAAAUUGGAUAGGUUGAACUCAAGGAAAUGGAUAGAAAGAAUCUUGACAUAUAGUCUUGGUGUGUUUCCUGAUUUUUUAAAAGACCCAAACUGAUAUUUUACCAGUCAUCUUCACUGAAACUGUUUAUCAGAGAAAAAAAAUAAUCGACAAGAAAAUAAAAUUAGCACCAGUUAAUGGUGCUAGUUUUGACCAUUAUACUCCAUGAUUCAAAAAAAAAUAAUCAGCGAAGAGUUCAGAACGGAGCAUUGGAAAAUUAAUUGACUGGUAAUUGAACCAUAACCAUUUUUUCAUUUUUUUUUUUAUCUGCAGACUGCAGUGAAGAAAAUCAAUUUUUGUAGCCAUUUUGGAAUUUUCAAAUUUUUUCAAGCUGCUCUUUGUCUUUUUAGAGGACUCGCUUCGCCUUUUUUAUAUCUGCUGUAUUGCUAAUAUUUGUUUUGUAUAAGACCACAUCGGACAUUGGUAACGCGAAACGGACGAGCUCCGGACGUUUCUGGGCGAUUCUAGGGAUCACUUAAGAGUGCUGAGGCUACUAAAGUGGUCACUAGAAAUACCCAGACACGUCCGAUUCGCGUCCCGUUCGCGUUACCAAGGUCCGAGACUGCAAAUUGAUUUUUGUUACGGGGAGGUUUCAGGUAGACGAGUACCGGGCUGACCUGUGGAGAAACGCACGCGACCUGGCUCUGUGUCUCAUCGACGGCGGUCAUCGUGUCACCAGAAACACGCUCACAAAGUCUGCAGCUCUCCGUGUGGCACUGAAAUGAGUUUGAUGUUCAGGUGCUUCCAGCUGAGCUCGCGCGACGCCGAGGAGAUUCUGAGCACUUUCGGCGACCGCGUCGAGGAGGAUCGUUCGUGGAGGCUGCGGAUUCCGCAAGACGAAGGCUUUCUUCAAAGGUUUCCUCCUAUGUUCAUUAAAAAUGUUUCGAAAAAAAAAGAGAGGCGCUUCAUGUUGAAGUACCUACAGAACUAUAUAAUGUUUUUUCCAUUUGAAAAUAGAUUUCAAAUUUUUGUUUAAAAGAACAUAAUAAUCAUAGAUAUAUGGAAAAAAAAACUCAUGAUAGCAAAAAAAAAAAGAAUGGGAAUCAAUGUGAAUGAGGUUGAUGUUUUAACUAUUUAUUGAAAUAAAGUGUUCAUUUUUCUGAUUAUUGAUCAUAGAGAGGGAAGUAAAAAUAAUUAGUUUAUCAUGAAAAAUCUGUUUGUAAUUUAGAUUUAGUGAUUUCAUUGAGAAUUUUGGGAUUUUCGAACCAAUAAAAAGUGCCAAGUAAUUAGCAAUUAGAAAAGUUUUUGAAAUUGAUGAGAAAUAGUGAAGAAAAUUCAAAUUUUCUUAUUUUCCGUAGAGCUGCUGUUGCGAUUACAUCUCAGGAUUAUUUUAUUUUAUUUUUUACGGCAACUUUUAUUUAAUAUUUUUAACGAAUUUUUCUGAGAAAACUAUCCUGUAAUUCAUCGUGGUUCAAGUUUUUGGUCCAGUCAAGAUAACCGGAAGCUGUUGGUCGGACAGAAGAGGUACUGGGUGGAACGUUGGACAGAACUGCAACGGAAAUGCAACAGUGCAGCCAGUCCCCCCAGGCGCAUCUCCAAGAAAAAACAAUAAACGCGUAUUUCAGUUAAUUUUCUUUUGUUUUUUUUUUCUUUUUUUGAUGAUCUGGGUAUUGCCUUUCAAAGUUAUAUACAUUUGUUGAAACUGUUUUUUUUUUGUUGUUCUGUGAAUGAAGUUUUAUUUUUUCGGAAUUUUUUCUGAAAAUCAAUGCUCAAGGCAUCAAAAAUAAUCCGAUUUUCGCACUUCUCUGUGCCAUUCCAUGAGAGAACCGAGAGCAAAAACAGAACAAAAAGUGGGCGGUUAGUGAAGAACUUUGGCGGGAGCAGGGAAGUUCAGUUUCUAUGUCGUUCUCGGUUCUCUUCUGAAGUUUUUUUCCCGACGGUGAUGAAGGGUAGGCGUUAUGAUCCGAUGUGAUCUCUUUGGAAACUUUCAAACCGUUCAGUCACGCCAGUUUUGAGAGUUCUGCCUGUGAACUUCGGGCAAGCCUGGUUCCGGUCGAGGGAAACUAAUUCUGGUCACAAAAAAGGUUCAAUCUUUGCUUUUUCUUUUUUAAUCUGAAAAUGAAAAAAGAUUCAGAAAAAAAAAAUCACUAUUUCAAAUCUUUGAGUGAUGAGUUAAAUUUCAGCUCCUUCGCUAAAAUAUCAGCGUUAUUCUCUUGGAGGUACAGCCAACCCCAAAAAAAAACCUCAAUAAAACUGCAUAAAAAAUUCAAAAAAAUGAGUAAGUCAACAUGAUUAAAUUAAUUUUUUCAAAUUCAUGUCUGCAUCUGACGUUUCAUAGAUCUUUGGAUUUGAUCAUUUUUUUUUCAUCGGCUGUCCAGAUCCUUUAUCGGCGUUCUGAAGAGAUUUAGUGUAAAUCGGGAAGAAGAGAUGAAAAUUGCGUUGAGUUGAAAGUCCCCGGUACUUCAAAGCGAAUUGCCAAAGAAACAUCAAAGCCUGACUCACUAGACUUCGUGUCAAAAACUCGCUUUAUAGUUAUUUGGAAACAGUGCAUCAGUUCGAAUCUCCGAAAGUUAGAGAGCGUUCAAAUUUAGAGGGCAGGCGUUUUUUUUCCUGAAAAAACCCUCUUGUUUAUCAGUGCUCUCUAACUUACGAAUAUUCGAGCGUAGUUUGAUCGCAAGUUGAACCCUUUUCCCUUGCACGCUUUGAGAGUGUUGAAAGUUCCGUAAUUAUUGUAACGCGUCUUCGCUUUGUGUGAUGAAAGUUGAGCGGACAGUUCAUUUGGGUUGACACUGGCGAGUCUGUCGGUCUAUUUGUGCAUUGGAUUCGAACACGUCUAAUCCUGGCUGCCUUGGGCCACAGAAGCGGUGUUUUCAGAUCGACGGCAUUCGUUCGCAAGUGUCAUGGGCCUUGCCAGACCGGCCAUCGGACGCUCCAGAAGCCAGCCUAGUCUAGCUUCUUGUCAGUUUUCCUCACACAGGUUUUUUUUUCUCUUUCUCUGAACAAAGACUGUGCUUUGAAAAUUUUCAAAAAAAUAAAUAAUAAAUAAUAAGACGAGAAAUAGAUUUCUGAAUAGGAAAGUGACUUUUGGAAUUUCCUGGAAAUAUUGAAAUAUGAAAUAAACAAAAGUUUCUGGAAACCGUCAAUUUAGCAAAUGCUGAGAUUUUUCACCGUAAAAUUGAUUCAUAAUGUUUUUUUUACAAAAUUUUCAUCAAAUUUCUUUACAAAGUUUUCUUUCAAAUCAUCUUUUGUUUCAUUUCAAUUGCCAUUGAGAGCAUUCGGAACAUGUCUAGAGAUUAUUCGAUGUUAAACAUUUUUUGAAACAAGAAACUUUCCAUAUCACUCAAUUGCGGAGCUUUCUAAUUAUUCAUGCUCACAGAACAACGGAAAACUCCAUGGAACCGAAGUCAACGCUACAACCUUUUGAUUCUGACGCAGCCUUUUUCACACCUCGUGCUACAUUUAAAAAAGGUCUUCUUUCUUUUUUGAUGCAAAAUAUUUUACGAAGAUCACUUAAGGAAUAUUUAUUACAGAACGAGAAACACAGUCAGAAGUGUUAUCAGCCGCCAUGAAUUCUUCAGAUUCUUUUCCUAAGAGUAAGUCCGAAAAAUGUACUUUUCGAGGCUGUUUCAGAUGGUUCUUCGGGAACAAUGAAAGAACGAAAAGAAGAAACAACGGAACUAUACGUUUGGUUAUCAUCAAUUUGAUCGAAAAAACAAAAUAAAAUUAAGAGAAAAAACUUGGAGGAGCCGGGAAACCAUCAAAAUGUCAACGAGAUAUUGAGCUCAGCCAAAAAGCAGCUGAGAAAAUUACGAAAGCAAUCAAGUAAGAAUUGAAAGAAUUUCUUGAAAAACACUAUGCGCGCACGUGCGGGGAGUCCUAGUUCUUUUUUGUCUUUUCCUUUAAAAUAAAGUGUGAAAUAAAAUUUUCCUUUUUUUGCUACCCAAUGCUCCUGCUUACUUUUCAAGGCUUUUCUGAGUACUUACGAACAGACCUAUGGAAAUAAAUUUCAAGAGAAAGCUUGGUAUGGUAAAUUUCAACUUAAUGCGUUAAAAUUGUAACGAGAAUGGAGUGUUAAAAAGUUAGUACCAUCGCGCAAGUUAAAGGCAUAGGGGCAGUUAAAAACGGUGUUUCAGUUCAAAGCAGUAUUUUGUAGAGCUUUUCAUUGCGAAUCGAACGGUAAACUUGGAAACGUACAGUAGUUCCUAGUUUUGAAGAAAAAAUAAUUCAAAGUCGGAGAAAGGAAAGCUUGAGUUCCCGCGAAAAGGGCGCUUUGCAGUAAAGUUGCUCUAUGGACAACAGGCUUCGCCAUUUUUCGGAAUUUCGCUUUUUUCUUCGUUGCUUUCAAUUUUUAAUUUUUUCUGUUGUCACCAAAGUUCUUUUUGUCACAAAAUCUUUAUAUUCAUGUUAAAUUUGCAAACUUUGAUCGCAAAAAUGCUUCUCUGGUGAAAAAUGAUGAUUUUACACAGGUUUCGAUUGGGAUAGCGAUUAUUUGUGUUUUUUUUAUUAUCAAUGUGUGUUUUCUGUUUUCUUAAUCGAUUUUUCAGAGAAGAAACCAUUUGUUUGAAGCAGAAAGGCGGUUAUUUCACACAAAAUGCGAGUCUAAUGAGACGUCCGCAACAUCGCGUGCACAGCUACUGUAAACAGUUGUCUGCAUAUAUAUAAUAUUAAUUUAAAAUGAGUUAUAGCUGAUUCACGGCUGGCUUGA